AUGGAAGAUAAGAAGCCCAAGCUCCACUAUCCCAAUGGCAGGGGCCGGAUGGAAACCAUACGAUGGGUUUUGGCUGCGGCUGGAGUCGAGUUCGAGGAAGAAUUCUUGGAAACGAAAGAACAGCUGCAGAAGCUGCAGGACGGUAACCACCUGCUGUUCCAGCAAGUGCCCAUGGUUGAGAUUGACGGCAUGAAGUUGGUGCAGACCCGGAGCAUUCUCCACUACAUCGCGGACAAGCACAAUCUCUUUGGCAGGGACCUCCAGGAGAGAACCCUGAUUGACAUGUAUGUGGAGGGGACGCUGGAUCUGCUGGAGCUGAUUAUCAUGCACCCUUUCCUGAGACCAGAUGAUCAACAGAAGGAAGUGGUUAGCAUGGCCCAGAAGGCUAUUUUUCGGUACUUCCCUGUGUUUGAAAAGGUUCUGAGGGACCAUGGACAAAGGUUCCUCGUGGGCAAUCAGCUGAGCCUUGCAGAUGUGGUUUUACUCCAGACCAUUUUGGCUCUAGAGGAGAAAAUCCCCAAUAUCCUGGCUUCAUUUCCUCACCUCCAGGAGUACUCCGUGAAAGUAAGUAAUGUCCCCACAAUUAGGAAAUUCCUUGAACCUGGCAGCAAGAAGAAGCCACCUCCCGAUGAGAUCUACGUGAGAACUGUCUACAACAUUUUUAUGCCGUCGUAA